AUGCGAUCUUCAUGGGCUGAUUUGGCUGCAAACUCCGCGGCCGAAAAUGCACCACUUCCAUCUUCUGUUAACAAUGGAACAUCUCAACCUCCUUCUCGACCUGUUUAUGUUCCUCCUCAUCUGAGGAACCGUGGAGCUACAGCACCGUCGCCGCUACCUGCUUCAGCUUCGUCUGGAAAUUUUAAUGCUUCAUCUGGUAACGAUAACUCCGGAUCGCGUUGGGCGCCGCCGCCGAGGAACGACUACCGUGGUCGUCCUGGUGGUUUCGGAAACAGGUCUGGUGGUUGGGAUAGGCGUGAAGCUAAUCCUUUUGCAGAUCAGGAGGAUUCUGAGGAGCCGGUUACUCAAGAGGAGCAGGAGAAUACGGGGAUAAACUUUGAUGCUUAUGAGGAUAUUCCGGUGGAGACGAGCGGUGGUAAUGUUCCUCUGCCGGUGAAUACUUUUGCUGAGAUUGACUUGGGUGAUGCGCUUAAUGAAAAUAUAAGACGGUGCAAAUAUGUGAAGCCGACGCCGGUUCAGCGGCAUGCGAUACCGAUAUCCCUUGCAGGAAGGGAUUUGAUGGCUUGUGCGCAGACUGGUUCGGGAAAGACGGCUGCUUUUUGUUUUCCAAUUAUCAGUGGAAUUAUGACUGGACAACCUGCGCAGAGGCCGCCUCGCGGGGUGCGCACCGUGUGUCCACUUGCCCUUGUUCUCUCUCCAACUAGAGAGCUAUCGAUGCAGAUACACGAAGAGGCUAGGAAAUUUUCGUACCAGACAGGGGUUAGGGUGGUUGUUGCUUAUGGUGGAGCUCCAAUAAACCAGCAGCUACGAGAGCUUGAGAGAGGGGUGGACAUUCUUGUCGCGACUCCUGGAAGGUUGGUAGAUUUGUUGGAAAGAGCUAGAGUUUCACUGUCGAUGAUUAGGUAUCUUGCCUUAGAUGAGGCAGAUAGGAUGCUGGAUAUGGGUUUUGAGCCACAGAUAAGGAAGAUUGUGGAACAAAUGGACAUGCCUCCAGCCGGGGCGAGACAGACUAUGCUGUUCAGUGCCACUUUUCCAAAAGAGAUACAGAGACUAGCCUCUGAUUUCCUUUCAAAUUAUAUUUUUCUGGCUGUUGGAAGGGUGGGAUCAAGUACUGAUUUAAUUGACCAAAGAGUUGAGUAUGUUCAAGAGUCUGACAAGAGAAGCCAUCUCAUGGACCUUCUUCAUGCACAAAGAGCAAAUGGUGUACAAGGAAAGCAGCAAGCUUUGACUUUAGUUUUUGUCGAGACAAAGAAGGGAGCUGAUGCUCUGGAACACUGGUUAUGUCUUAAUAAUUUUCCAGCAACUACUAUUCACGGUGACAGGACACAACAGGAAAGAGAAGCUGCAUUAAAGUCAUUUAAAAGUGGCAGGACCCCCAUAUUGGUUGCCACUGAUGUGGCUGCACGUGGCCUUGAUAUUCCUCAUGUUGCCCACGUAGUUAACUUUGACCUUCCCAAUGAUAUUGAUGAUUAUGUACACCGUAUUGGAAGGACGGGGAGAGCAGGAAAGAAAGGUCUUGCAACUGCAUUCUUUAAUGAAAACAAUACAUCCCUUGCAAGGUCUCUAGGAGAUUUGAUGCAAGAAGCAAAUCAAGAAGUGCCCGCUUGGCUUUCGCGGUUUGCUGCACGAUCAUCCUAUGGUGGAGGAAAGAACCGUCGAUCAGGAGGCCGAUUUGGUGGUCGUGACUUUCGAAGAGAAGGUUCAUUUAGUAGGGGUGGUUCUGAUUACCAUGGCGCAGGAAAUAGCAGUGGUGGAUAUGGGGGGGCUUCUGGUGGGUAUGGCGGUGGAUAUGGUGGUGGGUAUGCAGGAAAUAGCGCGGGUCCUGGGGUGACCAGUGCAUGGGACUGA